GGCUCUUGGCAUUAGGAAGGCUGGCACGCAUGUGUGACUGACAUGUUACUUCUCCAAUAGACCCUCCCCAAAGCGACUCGCGCAAAAGCGCACACUCUAGACAUGUGAUGACGUCAGUAGUCUGUGCCGGAAGUGGUGCCCUGUGUUGCAUGGGGUCCUGAUCACGAAGGUAACAUAGACACAACCGUGUUGCAUGUAGCAUGUGACGAUGACGAGUCUGAAGGUCCCAGUGAUCGAUGUUCACAAUGAUAAUUUUGGUGUUUUCUGGCCUUCAAUGCUGCUGGCGAUGAAGACGUCCACCUUCAUAGCUGUUGAUACUGAACUGAGUGGCCUGGGAUCCAGAAAGAGUUUGCUGAACCAAUGCGUGGAGGAGCGGUAUACAGCCAUUUGUCACGCUGCUCGCACGCGCUCCAUACUAUCCCUGGGAAUUGCCUGCUUCAAACAGCUUCCUGACAAGGGGGAGAAUGUCUACCUGUCCCAGAUCUACAAUCUGACCCUGCUGUGUAUGGAGGAUUAUACAAUCGAACCGCAGUCCGUGCAGUUCCUCGUCCAACACGGCUUUGACUUUAAUAAACAGUAUUCGCUGGGGAUCCCGUACCACAAGGGGAACGAUAAGGGGGAAGAGCAGCACUUGCAGAGUGUCCGCACUCUCUUCCUUGAACUUCUGAAAGCACAAAAGCCGCUGAUCCUGCACAACGGGCUGAUCGAUUUGGCCUUUCUGUACCAGUGCUUCUACGCCCAGCUCCCAGACAAGAUGGUGAACUUCAUCGCCGACCUCUCCGAAAUGUUCCCUGCCGGGAUCUAUGACACUAAGUACGCCUCGGAGUUUGAGACUCGCUUUACAGCUUCUUACCUGGAAUACGCCUACAAGAAGUGCAAACGUGAGAACUGCCGACUGAUAGACGUAAGCAGCAAGCACUUGGCCAUCGAGUUCUCUAGCUAUCCGGCCAGCAUGUCGGCGUAUGUGGAUUAUCGCCUCUGCUCUCUGGCUGACCCUGACGCUGCUGGACCCGCCGCGGCCGCUCCACACAUCUGCGAGAAGUUUUCAGCAUAUGGCUGGUGUCCCAAUGGCUUUAAAUGUACACGUUCUCACAAUAUUGACCUGAUCCUCGCGGAGGACGAGAAGGGCACAACGGACAAGCCAAGAAAGAGACGGAAAAGGAAAAAGGACGCAGCAAAGCAGGGAAUGGACAGCAAUGUGGAGAUGGACAUGGAGCCCAGUUGUAAACAGGCUAAUAUCACUGGUGCAGCACUAGGUGUGGGAGAUGGGGGGACACUCCAAUCUAGCUCCAUACUGGCCACAGAAACUGUCACUAUGGACCAGUCUCAAACCACUGGAGAAGUAGAUAAGGAGGACCCACCACUAGAGGACGGUCCUACUAACAAAGACUCAGAUAAAAAUACCAGUUUGCCGCCAACAGCAGAAAAUAUCUCCCGAUCAGCCGAGGGUGGAACCCACAGAGCUGGGUUUGAUGCCUUCAUGACCGGGUACAUUAUGGCCUAUGUGUGGAUGCUGAAAAAAGGAAACGAGUUGGACUCUUCUGCAUCCCAAUGUCUGCCAGACUGCCACAAUAAAGUCUACUUGAGCGGGAAGAACGUGCCAUUGCAGAUUGUGAAAAGCAUCUUCUCCAAGUCCACCAGAGCUCAUGUCCAGAAGAUGAAGCUGAUCUCAAGUGAUCGUUCCUAGUUGGGAUCUAGUUUUAGUGGGAAGCAAUGGGCCAAUUUUGUUCUCAGCGUUUCCUGAUGGGACAGGCAGAAGCCAUUUCCUUAACAAGUGCAGCAUGGACACUGGAUGAUACUAAGAACUUGCCUGCUUUCUACAUACACUAAUGGAAGAUUAAUUUAUGUACAAGGUUCUGUUAUCCACAUUGCUGGUCAUACAUUGCCGACACCUCUAGGGGGUGCCUGCAAGAUAACCCAAAACUUCCAACCUAAUUGUAUCCCCAACUAUGUAAUAUAUUAAUUGAUGUAGUAUUCUCAGACAGAGGAAUAUUACUGUUUCUCAAAGUGCUGGUCCAACUGUUUUGUUUUUUAUUGAGGGGGAAAGAAUAUUACAAAUUAAUAUUUGUUAAAA